AUUAAAAACCUUAAAACAUGAGACAAGUUCUGAAAUUUAGUUUAGUUUUGCUGAUCGCUUUUGUCUUAGUAAAAGCUCAAAAAGAACCACAUUUUGUUGAUAAUCGUACAACUAUAGUGCAUUUGUUUGAAUGGACCUGGUCAGAUAUAGCCAAGGAGUGUGAGGAUUUCUUAGGUCCUCAAGGUUAUGGAGGAGUUCAGAUUUCUCCCCCCAAUGAGGUCAGCGAUAUAGAGGGUGGUCCAUGGUGGGCACGCUAUCAACCUGUAUCCUAUAUACUCAUCUCUAGAUCUGGUGAUGAUACUGAUUUAGCUGAUAUGAUUAAACGCUGUAACAAUGUGGGUGUUCGUAUAUAUGUGGAUAUUGUAGUUAAUCAUAUGACCGGCUAUAGAGAAGGUGAAACUUAUGGUACAGCCGGUUCUUCGGCCAAUUACCUUGAAAGUAGUUAUCCUGCUGUACCUUAUGACAAAGAACACUUUCAUGCUCCUUGUGAUAUACAAGAUUAUCAAAAUGCCGAACAAGUUAGAAAUUGUCAAUUGGUCACUUUAAUUGAUUUGGAUCAAAGUGUACCGCAUGUGAGGGAAAUGAUUGUGAAUUAUUUGAAUAAGUUGAUUGAUAUGGGUGUGGCUGGUUUUCGUAUGGAUGCUGCUAAGCAUAUGUGGCCUGAGGAUUUGGAAGCUAUUUAUGGAGAUUUGAAUGAUUUAAAUGAAGAAUUUGGCUUUGGAGCAAAUUCAAGACCCUAUAUCUAUCAAGAGGUCAUUGAUUUGGGUGGAGAAGCUGUCAAAAAGUAA